AUGAAGCCGUUUAAGAUUCCAAGCAUAGCAAAGCCCGUUGAAACGGAAGCGGAAAAUGAGACUCUAAAUCGACUGAAGAACAUCAAAAGUAAAGUUAAAGGUAAUAUCGAUAGAGCAAAUCGUUUGAAGAAGAUGGUUGAACUCAAGGACAAAGUACUUGCCGAAAAGGAUCGUGAAAAAAAAAAAAAAUCUUUUAAUCAAGAAAAGGACCAAUUAAUAAGAAGUUUGCGCGAUACGAUAGAAAAAAUAUCUUUAAGAGUUUUAGGACUUGAGAAAUUUUUAGAUUCCGAGGGGCAGGACGAAGAACAGCCGAAGAAGAUUUUUCGGUUUAAUGGACUAAGUCGUGGAUUUUUCGAAUUUGUGACCAAGGUUGGCGAAGCUAGAAGCAAGCAGGAAGAAGAUCGAUAUGUCUCUCAAGAAAUUGUUUCUCUCAAAACCAAAUUAAAUCAACCCGAUAUUUCAUCUGACCUUAAGAGCAAUAAUUAUCUUGAAGUAUGCUCUGCAUUGACCGCUUUAUGUCAUUUGCUAAAUAAAGAUAUGAUACCAGCUGUAUUUGGACUCGCAGAGGAAUCUUUAACACAUCCAAAAGAUAUCGUCCGUAAGAAAGCUGUAAUGGUUUUUCACAGAUUAUUUCAUGAUGCUCCAGAUACGAUGGUGCAUCUUGAUGAAAAAUUUCGUCAGAUGUUGACAGAACGUGAACCAAGUGUACUAGGUUCAAUAUUAUGUCUUUUUCUCGAAUUUGUAAAGGCUGAUCCCAAUAAAUUCAAAGAUUUGGUUCCUUCCCUAAUUAGCAUUUUGGAACAAGUUCUUGACAGAUGGUUGCCACGGAGCUACGAUUAUCAUGGUGUUCCAGCACCAUGGAUCCAAAUAAAAAUAGUCGAGAUCAUGGGUUUACUGGCACAAGACGAUGAAAAGAUUAGUUCAGAAAUUGGACCCCUUAUUGUUCAUACUCUUAGAAAAGCAGAAAAUGGAGUGGAUGCUGCUUAUGCGAUAAUAUUCGAAUGUAUUAGAGCAAUAUCACGAUUACAUCCACAAACAUUAUCUACUCUCAUUCAUAAAUCUCCAAAUCUUAACCCAUUAAAUGUAAUAACUCGAUUUUUAAAAUCAAAUAAUCAUAAUCUUAAAUAUUUGGGAUUGACAUGUUUAUCUGAAAUCGAUCCAAUUUGGUGGAUCGAAGGCGAAUGGUGGGGUGAAGAACAAAUGAAUAUAAUUGUGGAUUGCUUAGAAGAGAGAGAUGAUACUUUGAAGAGAAAGACAUUAGAUUUGCUUUACGCGAUGGUUAAUUCACAGAAUGUUGUGGUGGUUAUGGAGCAUAUGAUCAAUGCUUUACGUACUAUUUCAACAAUUGAUGAAUUUUCACUUGCUGGUGAUUUAUUGGAUGAUAAAACUGUAAACUCUACAUUCCUGAUUAUCUCAAAGAGUAUUGAAAGUAAAGAAAAGAGUGAAGAAAUUCGUCAAUGUGCAGUAUCAGAAGCGAUAAAAGUUUUAGAAAGUGAUAUUAAUAAUACGACCAAGAACCUAAUUUCAUGGGCUCUUCAGAUAUUAGGAGAAUUUGUGAAGUCUACAGAACUUCAGGAAAAAGUAUAUAAUAGAUUAUGUGAACUAUUAACACAAGUUGAUUAUGAAAUUCAAGCUCAAGUAAUUACUACGCUGUUAAAAUGUGUUUCAAAAAUGAAAUAUUGCCCCGAUAAUAUAAUAGAAUGUGUAGCGAAAUGUUGCCAAUCAUCAUCCGGAGAUGUAAAACAGAGAAGCCGUGAGUUUAUAAUUUUAUCGCAAGACUUUGUGCUUUUGGACAAAAUUAUAAAACCUGAUGAUAUCACAAUUGAUGAAUCAUUAUCUUUUCUUGAUGAUUUCAUCGAAGAUGCAUUAAAAAAUGGAGCCAAACCAUAUAAUCGAAUACCAAUUACUCGUGAAGACACCAAUGCAGCGACUGAAAUUCGUUAUGAAGCUUAUGAAAAACCUGAUAUGCCCCAUUUUCCCAAGAAAAUAAUUAAUCUGCCCGCCUACACUGAUGCUAGACUAUCAGCAACUGAUAGAGAUGUACUGUCGUUUAAUGAUCGAAGUAAUCAGAGCAGUCGAGGUGUAGGCCCACCAGUUACUCCUGGUCAGCUAGCUUGGUUUGGAAUCACGCAAGAACAUUUGCCACCAGAAAAUGUGCAUGAAAGCACGAAUUUGCUGACAGACCCACAAGAGCACACAAAUUUGCUGACAGACUUGCAAGAACCAAAUUAUAGUGAUUAUGAAGAAAUUGAUUCAAAUCGCCAGUCAAUGAUAUCAUCGAUACCAAAAAUGAAGCUACAACCAAGCACACAAAGUUGGAGUCGCGCAGGAUAUAAGCCAAUUAAUAGCACAGAAAGAUCAAUAAAAUACAACACGAGUAAUAUCCGUUCAUCCUUGCGAGCCUCAGAUAAGAUACAGUCUACCGCAUCAGUAACUUCAAAGACAAAAAUGACACCAGAAAAAGAGAAACUAGCUUCUGCUUUGUUUAGUGGUGUGGGAACCAGUGAUCCUGGUCAAUAA